AUUCAUUUGUAUGACUUUAAAGGAUGGAAAACAGGUAAACGCGUGCAUUAGUCGUGUGCACUAGUCGUGUGUAGCUUGACCACUAUAUCCACAAUUAUUUUCAUUAAUUUUGCCAAAGUACAUUAUAUAAAUCAUAAAAUAACAUAUUAAUGACAUUAUAUUACAAGGCAAGCGACAUCGGAUGACAGAUAUCAAAAGGUUUUUAUCCCUAUAAGUAUAAUAGUCACAAAAUUACAACAUAUUGCUUCGGUUAUCGGUAAAAUAGUCGAAACUUCGGAUAAAAUCGGGUAUAUAUUUAACAAAAUAGGUUGAAAAAUAGAAAGAACUUUGAAUGACUGGUUGAAUAUUGCCAACAUUAGAAUGGCGUUUGGUUUUAAAGAAAUAUACAUGUCAUCUUGCACGUUUUAAUUCUUCAAAUAGCAAAGCUGAUGUAAUUUCAAUUUUAAACGACGUCAUCCAUCUACGUACUUAAAAAUGUGUUCAAAUAUGCAGAAAAAGUUAUAUACAAACAUUUCUCUGUGUGAAAAGAGGUUAGAGUUUUGUAUCAAAAUACUUCAUUCAAAAUAAUGUAUUUUUCAAAAUGUGCUAAGUUAUUCCAGUGGCAUGGUGCUGGAACGCUUUCAAAUGUUAAAAUGGCAACUGCAACAAGGAAUGUUGCCAUACUUUCUAUGAAUCCAGGGGACACGCUUGUACAGCAACUCUCCUUCAGUGGACCAAGAUCAAAACGUCUGACUCCAUUAUGUACGAAGAAAUGCUUGUGUACAAGUUGUUAUCUCACAAGCAAUGGAGAAGUUAAGAGUGCGCCUGUGCAUUUUAAAGAAUCAAUUGCUGAACAUCCUCUUUCUGAUGUUGAAAAAAUGAAAGAAAUCAUCCGAAAGUCUAAGGACUACGUUCUUCCUCAUCCAAUAUGGACAGACAAAGAUUUACAAUCAGUUGCUAUAACACAUGAAGAACCAGAAGGAAGAGUUGAUAAGCUUGCUUACUUCACCGUUCAAGCUUUACGACUUUCGUUUGAUGGGAUUUCCAUGUACAAAAUUGGCAAAAUGACAGAAAGCAAAUGGCUUACACGAAUUAUUCUCCUGGAGACUGUAGCUGGCGUACCAGGUAUGGUUGGCGCUAUGACCAGACAUUUUCAUUCUUUGCGACGUAUGAGAAGAGAUCAUGGUUGGAUACAUACGUUACUAGAAGAGGCUGAAAAUGAACGCAUGCAUUUAAUGACGGCACUUGAAUUGAAAAAACCGAACAUUUUUUUUCGUGGAAUGGUCUUAAUGAUGCAAGGAGUAUUCGUGAACAUGUUUUUCAUUUCGUACUUGUUGAGUCCAAGAUUUUGCCAUCGUUUUGUUGGCUAUCUUGAAGAAGAAGCAGUAAGGACUUACACCCAUUGUAUUGAGAUGAUGGACUCGGGUGCAUUAGAUGUGUGGAACACAAAACCAGCUCCUUUGAUUGCCAAAAAAUACUGGAGACUUAAGGAUAAUUCUACAAUGCGUGACGUCAUUCUUGCCAUACGGGCAGACGAAGCACAUCAUCGAAAAGUUAAUCAUACUUUUGCAUCCAUGCAUCUGGAUGAACAAAACCCUUUUGAACCAUGGGAAAAAAAAUUAUAACUCCAGUCAUUUAAUUUGAACUAACAACUAUCGUCUUUGAUGUGUCCCUCGAACAUCAAACACGCCAGUAAAAGAAAGUUUAUCGCCUUCCCACCUCAAUCUGCUCAUUGCCAAGCUUUUUAUUACACUUGAAAGGUAGCUUGACACAGGAAAAUACCUUAAUUUAAAUACCAAACUGGUGGCUAUAAAGAAGAUAAUCAAAGAAAGAAGGAAUAAAGUUAACGACCUCAGUCACCUUACAUAAUACAAAUUUUAAAUUAUUCAUUUGUAUGACUUUAAAGGAUGGAAAACAGGUAAACGCGUGCAUUAGUCGUGUGCACUAGUCGUGUGUAGUGAGUUUAACCACUGUAUCCACAUUUACUUUCACUAAUUUUGCCAAAAUACAUUAUAUAAAUCAUAAAAUAACAUAUUAAUGACAUUAUAUUACAAGGCAAACGACAUCGAA